GAGACUGCAUCAUGGCGCCAGACCCCUGGUUGUCUACUUAUGAUGCCACUUGUCAUAUUGCACAAGAAAUUGCUGAGAAAAUUCAACAGCGCAAUCAAUGUGAAAGAAGUGGUGAAAGUACAACGAAGCUUACUGUUAUAAUCCGAGCUUUGCUGCAGAAUUUGAAGGAAAAGAUCACCCUUUUGAGAGAAUUAUUGCUGAGAUCUGUGUCAACACACCAGAUAACACAGCUUGAAGGGGAUCGAAGACAGAACUUAUUGGAUGACCUUGUUACCCGUGAAAGACUGCUUCAGGCCUCCUAUAAGAAUGAUGGUACAGAACCAGAUUUGAUCAGGUCCAGUCUGAUGACGAAAACAUCUAAUCGGGUUGUAAGUAAUCCAUGGUUCUUUGAGGAGUCAGAGGAGACAAGGGGCUUAGGCUUUGAUGACCUCCGACAACAACAGCAGAAAAUUAUUCAAGAACAAGAUGCUGGUCUUGAUGCUCUUUCCUCAAUUAUAAGUCGGCAGAAACAAAUGGGACAAGAGAUUGGGAAUGAACUUGAUGAACAAAAUGAGAUAAUUGAUGAUCUUGCCAACCUGGUGGAGAAUACAGAUGAAAGACUUUGUAAUCAAACCAGACGUGUGAAAAUGGUAGACAAAAAGUCAACAUCUUGUGGUAUCAUCUUCUCUGUUAUGUUACUUUUGCUUUGUGCUGAGAAAUGUUGCAAUUGCUUGUUGUGGCUGGAACCAGAGGGAUCUCAUGAUUUGAUUCAUUUGGAUUCAGGAAAGGUGGGCUUAAGAGAACACAUUCACUCUGAAUCUGAAAUUCCAAGGACUGCAGUAGAGGCCACCAAAACUUAG